AUGAGAAUGGAUUACCAUGACAAAAGAAAUUAUUUUACGAGCAUAAAACAGCAUUUUAGUUUCAUUAAAAAAAAAAAUAAUGCUAAUGUAAAUGCUAGUAAUGAAAACAUAAACAAAUCAUUGAGUGAUUGUGAUAAUUCAACAAAAACUGGAAAUGAAUAUUAUGAGGAAGAUAUCAACAAAAUAGAAAAUAGUGAUACUUUAAUAAAUAUAAAUGACAAAACAGCCACAGGAGACAAUAAGCAUACUAGUGACGAUUUAAGGGCAUCAACUAAUAGUAAUAAAAGUGUCAACAGUAAUACAGAUGAUUGGCUAGUUGAUAAUAACAGUGCAAGUAGCAAUAGUAACAACAAUAACAUCCAUAAUAAUGAUAAUAAUAAUUCUGUGAAUAAAAUACAUAAAAAUGUUGGUGGUCAUGUAAAAAAUACUGACGAUAAAAACCAAUACUCUUCUGAUAAUAGUAAUAUAUUAAAUGCAAAUACCCAUGAAAAUAAUUCUAGCAGGAACAAUGGUGACCAUUUAAAUAAAAAUGUAAUGGGUAGCAGUGAUUCAACAAAUGUUAAUAACGAGAAUAACGAAUUUAAUACUCCCGAAAAUCAAACCUCGAUACAAAAGAAUAUGAAAAAUAAAAAUAACGAUAUUAAAAAUGGGGCAAUAAAUAUGGAACAAAAUGACAAAAAUCAUAAUUAUGAUAAUCAAUAUUUUAUAAAAAAUGAAGAUACCGAAUUUCGGAAUACUGAUAAAUUACAAAAACAAAAUAUGGUUAAAGCAAAUUCAUAUAUAAAAAACAAUCAAGGAAAACAGCCACCCGCUGAUUCAAAUAAUGAAGACCAAAGAGAUAGUAAAAACAAUAGUAAUAAUAAUUUUGAUAAUUUUAGUGACAAUAAUAAUGUCGACAAUUCUGACCAUAUAAAUGAUAGUAAUAAUAAUGAGAAAGGGUUGAAGACCCAUUUAGAAUCAACUAAAUGUGAUAAUCAUGAGAAUAAGGACCCACUAUUUUGUGAAGGAGAAAAACAGCAACUUAAUAAUUCUAAAGAAGACACAUAUCUUAAACAACAUGAUAAUAAUAAUAAUAAGUCAAAUAAUAUUUCUAACAAUUAUAAUAAUAAAGGAAGCAAUAAGGGAGGAGGUAAACGCUCCAGCACUGGGGGUAACCCAUCUAAUAACCAAAAUGACAAUAACAAAAAUAGCAAUAAUAAUAGUGGAAGUAAUGGAGGAGAUGGUAACAAUAACAAUAAUAAUAAUAACAACAAUAAAGAUGACAAUAAAGAUAAUAAUAAUGAUGAUGAUGAAAAUAAAGGGAGUGGUAAAAAUAAUAAAGGAAAUGAAAAGGGAAAAAAUCGAAACAACAAAAAUAAUAAAAAUAAUAAAAAUAACAAUAAAAAUAGUGGUAAGAAUGGUCAUAAAAAUUCCCAUUUAGAUAGAAAUUCUGAUGAAAAGGCAAAAGAAAAUACUAUGAUUCGAGGAGAUAAAAAAAAGAAAAAUAGUAGUGGCAAUAAUAGUGGUAAUAAUAGUAAUAAUAAUACCAAAGAUUUAGUAAAUUUGAAAAUCGGAUCGAAUAUGCGAAACAAUACAAAUAAUUUAAGCCGAGAAAACUUAAACAAAAUUGCUAAUAAUAAUAACUCACUUUAUAAUAAUAACAAUAUGCAUAUGGAGAUGUAUGAAAAUAAUAAUGAAGCAUGUAUAAAUAAUGGUGUUGGAAAAACAAAUGUUGGAAUGAAUUUUAAUGGCAUGUCUAUAAAAAAAAUGAAUGAAUUAUGUAAUAAUAUGAAUAAUAAAAUGCUUAUAAAUCCCAUGGAAACUUAUGAUAACAAUGAUAAUAUAAUUCAUAUGAAUGAAGAAAUGAAUCAUUUUAAUGGAAAUAAUUUUGAUGUAAAAGUUUUUAAUAAUAUGAAUGUAAUGCAUAAUAUAAAUAAUAUAAAUGGAUUAAAAGAUUUAAAUGAUAUGAAUAAUAUGAUAAACAAUAUGGAAUGUGAUAUUCAUAAUAACUUUAUGACAUAUUAUGGAAUUUCGUCUGAAGAUUUUUCAAAUAUCAAUAAUAAAAAACAUGAUACAGAUAUCAUUAUUGACAAUAGUAAUAAAAAUAAUAAAAAUAUGAAUGCCAAUAUUAAUUCACAUGGUGCUAAUACAUAUAAUAAUAUAUACAAUGGAAACAUUUACAAUAAUAAUGAUAAUAAUAAUUUACAUGAACCUAUGAUAUACCCAAUGAAUAAUAUUAAAAAUAAUUCAGAUAUAAAUAAUAUAAAAGAAUAUUAUCAGUAUUAUAAUAAUAACAAUAAUCCUAUACAAAAUCCAAAUGCUUCAUACUAUCCAGAACAUGAAGAAAAAAUGUACUUAAAUAAUAAUGGAAAUAUAAAUAAAUUUAUUGAAUAUAAGAAAAACAGUUUGCCUUUUAUAAAUAGAACUAUUGAUGAGAAAUAUGAAGAAGAAAAUUUAUUUCAAAAUGGUUAUGCAAAAAUGGAUAUGCAUGAAUUAAAUAAGUCUGAAAAUAAUAACAAUUUUAAUAACACAUUAAAAAAUUAUUGGCUCUAUAAUAAAGAUAAUAUAAUAAAAAAUGAUGUAAUAAAUAAUAAAAUUAAUAUGAAUAUAAUAGCGGAAAAAAAUGAUAAUAAAAAUCAAAUAAAUCCAAAUUUAGAAGAUAGUUUAAAUUAUAAUGAGGCUAAUACAUUAAAUUUGUUAAACAUUGCUUUUAAUGAAAUAUUUGCUGAUAAAAAACAUCUAAUAGAAAAAACGAUUACUAAAAGGUUUAUGAAAAAAUUAGCCGCUGUUUUGAAAGAUAUCAAUCCGGAUAAUAUCAAAGGAAAAGGCAAGCAACUGAAAAAAUUAAUAUUGAACAAAAAGAAGACUAACAAACAAGAAAAACAUGAAACGGAAAAAAAUAAAAAGGAAGCAAGCAAAACUUCUAACGCUAAAAUAAGUAAUGAUACCAAAAGUGAAGAUACUAAAAUAAAGGGUGAAGAGACAGUAAAAGAAAGUGAUGACAAAAAUACCGAAGAUACUUUAGAUGAUAAGAAAGAAAAAACAGGUGCAACUACUAACUCAGAUUUAAAAGGAAAUAAAGGGGAAGGUAAUAAUAAUGAAGUGAACAAAAGCAACGAAAUCGAACAAAACGAAAAAAAAUCAAAAAACAAAAAAAAUGAAAAAAAUAGCACAAACACCAAUGAACCAUUAGCAAUUAGUGAAGAUACUUCUAAAGAAUCUAAUGAAAUGGCAAAUAAAAAUAGCACUGAUAAUGACCAAUCAGUAAUGAAAGAUUUUGAUUCGGAAAAGGACCCUAAUUCAGGAUGUACUAAGGAUGAUGAUGUAGGUGGAAAUAACAAAAAGGGAAAAGAAGAAAAUAUAGAAAAUAAGAAGAAUGAAACAAUUAGCAAUAAUAAUAAUGAUGAUGAAAAGGGAGAAACUCAAAAUGGAAAUUCACUUGAAAAUAUUAAAAGAGAGGAUGCAUUAUAUGAAGAAAAUAAAAUAGAUGGUAUAUAUAAUAAGGAAAUAGAAAAUUGCCAAGAACAAAAACCAGUAGACAAUAAUAUAAAUGAAAAUAUAAAUAAAUUAAACAAUACUAGUGAAAAUGUGGAAAAUGAUAAUAUAGAAAAUAAUGAAAGAAAUGAAUAUGUUUCGUGUCAUAGUGGAAGCAGUACAUAUGAAUAUUUAAAUGAAAAUGGCGAGGAUAGUGAUGAUGAAGGAAAUGAUGAAAAUAAUAAUAGUAAAUAUAUAACAGGAAUUAAUGAUAGAUAUGAAGAAGUAAAAAUUGAAGAUGAUGUAAUGAUAAGAAGAGAUAUAUUUUUUUUUAAUUUAUUAAAAAUUGUUAUAAAAAAAAAAACAUCUGAAGAUAUGCUAAUAUAUUUACAUCUUUUAAAUGCAAUAAAUAUAGAUAAAAUAUUUGACUAUAUUAUACAAUUAUCUUGUGAUAUAUUUAAUACAUUAUUAAAUUUUAUUGAAAUAACAAAAGAUUCAUCAACAUAUAGAUUAUUAUUAAAAAAUUUGGGAGCAUGGAUAGGAAUAAUAACCAUUGGUAGAAAUAAACCAUUAAUAUCAAAAUAUAUGAAUAUUAAACAAUUAAUUUUAUAUUCAUAUGAUAAUGGAUAUUUAAUAGUUACUUUCCCAGCUGUUUGUAAAAUUUUAGAGAGUAUAAAAAAUUCUAAAAUAUUUAAACCUCCCAAUCCAUGGACAAUGGGAAUAUUAAAUUUAUUAGGAGAAUUACAUGAAGCUCAAUCACUAAAAACAAUUCUUAUUUUUGAAAUCGAAAUUUUAUUCAAUUAUUUAAAAAUUAAUGUAUUUGAUUAUUAUAACAAAUGCAAUAUUAUUAAAUGCAGAAAUAUGCCAAUCAAUUCAAAUGAUUUGUUUGUGAGAAAUAAUUAUAAUGAAAACAAUGUUAAUACUAAUGGUAAUAUGGGAUAUGUAAAUGACAAUGGGGGUCGACAUUUUGCUAAUACCAGUGAAAUUCGUCAUAUGUAUAACAAAACCUAUAGUGUCGGUACAAACUUUUAUCCAAAUGAUAAUUUUAUAAAUAACAAUAAUGAUAAUAGAGCAAAUAGACCAAUAGGAUUAGGAGAUGCAGCAUCAGCUAACUAUAUGAUUAACAAAGAUUUAAGAUAUAAUAACAUGAUGAACACACAUAGUGGACCUAUUAUGGGAUCAGAAGCAACAUCUACAGCAGCCAUUUCAGCAACUAGUAAUACUAAUACUAACGACAUAUACAAUAGGAAGCAUCUUAGCGCAAAUCUAUUAAAUAAAGGUAAAAAAAAUGAUAAUACGAAAAAACAAUUUUGUAUAAAUAUUGAAAAUAACAUGCAUAUGGUGAAUAAUUUAGCUCAAAUGAGCAACCUCAAUGUUUUAAAUAAUAAUAAUGCAUAUAAUUUUGUUUUUAAUUUAUUAGGUGAUUUUGUAAUGCUUAACGAUGGAACUAAUAUUACUGAUAGUGAUGUUAGUACUAGUAAUAAGAACACUUAUGAAGAUUCAAAUCUAGUUCAAUCAUUAUCGAAAAAUUUCAAAAAUAUGGAUAACAACCUUACUUACAAUAAACAGAUUUAUAAAAGUAGCAUGACGAGCGAAAUCGUUUUAAAAAAUAAUACCUCACAAAGAAACUUAACUGGCACUAAUAUUGGUAAAGUCAAUAGUAUUGGAAAAGAUUCUCAUACAAUGUCAAUGUACAAUUAUAUGAAUAAUGAACAACAAAACUAUAACCCAAUGUUUGGAAAUAACAUGGAUAUGUAUACAAAUGAAAAUGAUCUAUAUAAUAAUAUGUAUAAUAAAAAUAUGGAAUAUAUGCACUCAAUGAAUGGUGAACAUAUAGGAAACAAAAAUAUGAACAACAUGAACAAUAAUGGAAAUAAUGAUGAUAUUCUUAUGAAAGAUUUAAAAUACAAUGCUAAGAAAAAAGAGAAAAUGGGUGAAUUAGAAUUUAAAGAUAAUUCCUCUCAAAAUCCAAGUUAUGCUCUAAAUAAAAAUAAACUUUUAUUAAACAAUAAUAAACUUGAGCAUCAACAAUUUAAAAGUUCAGAUAUAAAGGAUGGAAAUGUUGGAAUCAAACCUGAAAUAUAUGAUAAUAAUAGUAAAAGAGAUUCUUUUUCUUCUCAAUUGAUAAAUAACAUGAAAAUAAAAAGCAUGUUACCAAAUAAUGUAGAUAAAAUGAAAAUGGCUGAUUAUAUGAACAAUAACAUUAUGCACGGUUCUAAUAGUACUAACAAAAAUAAUUUGAAUGAUGGGCUUAUUACAGGAAACAAUAACCAUAACAUGAUGGAUCCUGCUUAUUCUACUUAUCCUGGAGUAGAUAUGAAUAUGGAAAACCAAGCAAAUAUCUCCUAUAAAGAUAACACAACUAAUAACAAUAUAAAUAAUAGCGUCAGUAAUAACAAUACCAACAAAGCUAAUGUAAUUAUAUUUGACGAGAUAUCGAAUAUUUUAAAAAAAAAUAUAGUUUUAUCACCCUCCAUUUCAAUACUAAAAUUAAAUUUUAAAUAUAAGGCAUUAAUAUACUUAGCAUUUGAUUCGGCUAUUAAAGAAAUUGUAUCUUCAAUUGUUGAUAGAUUUGUUUUAAUAGGAUGUAUAACAACUAGAGAAUUAGUAAAAAAGGAUUUUUUAAAUGAACAAAAGGAGGCAAUUAUACAAAAAGCAUCACUAUUAAUGGCAACAAGUAUAACUUCUUCUCUUGCUUUAGUUUCAUGUAAAAAACCCUUGAAAAAUGUAUUAGUACAAAAUUUAAGAAAUGCUUUUGAACAAAAUAUUCCUGAAAGAAAUAACUCACUUGCUGUAGAUGAUAUGAUAAAAAUUUUGAUUAACGAUAAUAUAAAUUUAAUAUAUUUAAUAAUUGAACAAAUAGCUAUUGAAAAAUCAUCAAUAGAAAUCGAAGAAAUUAUGAAACCCGUUUAUGCAUCUAGAAAAUAUGCACGUAUACAUAAAUUAAAUAUAAAAGAGAACACAACAAAUAAAUAUUACAACACUUUACCUGUUUUUUUAAAGGCCCAUAAUAUAACUUUAAAGCACAUCCAAGUAUAUAAAAAUUUUAUGAAUUUAAAAAAUGUUAAAAGUUUGCAACAAAAAUUAUUUUCAGUGACUAAUAAUGCUCAUGAACAAGAAAGAAUUCCAAAUGAUGGUAACACAAUUAACCGAAAUGGAAAAAACCAAAAAAAUAUGAUCAAUGAUGAUGCUAACACAAAUAAUUUUUAUAAUAACAAAAAAUAUGGAAUUAUGCCACAUACAUUAGAUGGAAGGAAUUCAAAACAUGGAGAUUACAAAUUGUCAGAAAAUGAAUACAACAAGGAAACCUUAAACAAUCACAAUAGACAAGAAGAUUCUAAAUGCGAUAAUGAAAUGAAAAAAAACAGAUAUUCAGAGGAAUCAUAUUAUAACGAAAAAGGCAUAAUAGAAGAAGAUAUUAACAGUAAUAUUGCAGGAGCUAAGGAUGGUGGAAAUAAUAAUAUGCAUCAACAGAAAGGUGCAUCAAAUGUCGGUUACAAAAACAACGAAGGAGUUAAGUUUAUCCCUUGUAAGAAUAAUAACUCUAAAGAAAAUGUAAAUUUUCACUUAGGUAAUUUGAAUAGCAAUAUAAAUAAUUUAAAUAUUAUAAAUAGUAAUACUAUGAAUAAUGUAAAUCUAAAUAACCUUAGCAGUAGCGCUGAUGGUGACACUGCUAAAAUUCCUACUAGCGACAUUACAAAUAUCGCUAUAAAUAAUAAUGCUAAUUAUAUGAACAAUCUAAACUUAUAUUACUCUUCUAAUUGUCAUUAUAUAUAUAAAAAUUCAACUAACAAAUAUAAUUGUAAUAAUUCUGAUAAUAAUUUUAAUACGAAUAAUAGGUAUGUGAACAUGCAACUUAUUAAUAAUGAUGGCAAUUCUGGUCUUUAUACUUAUGGCGACCAAUGUCCACCAAACUAUUCGGGAAAUUACUCGCGGAAUUAUAUUGAAAACGGUGCAAAUCAUUUUUCGGAAAACCCUGAAAAUUUAUAUUCUCAAAACUCCAACCAAAAAUAUGAAAAUAGUUAUGCCCAUCACUUACCAAAAAUGUCUACUAGCACAAUUUUCCAAACUGCUCAAAAUAUAGAAGACUUAAAAAAUGGAAAUAUGCACCCGUCUAAUAAUGAUAGUGAACAUUCCUUUCCCCACAUUGGCAAUAGUGGAAUAAAUCCUAACUUUGAAAGUAAGUUACCUAUUAAUAUUAACACCAAUAUAAAUAAUCAUAAUAAUAUAAACUGUAUGUUUAUGCAUGAUCAAUUUAAUGAGUAUAAUAUAAAUUACAAUCAUAAUAAUAUUCCUAUUAAUAAUAAAGAAAAUAAUUUCCCAAAUUGUAUAAAUAACAAUUUUGUGGAAUAUAUCAAAAAUAUUAAUUAUAAAAAUAACUCUAUUAAUACUAUAUAUUAUAAUCCUAAUAAUAAUGGUAAUAAUUUUGCUUAUUUUAAUAUAGGUACCUCAUCUCCUAUUCCCCCUUAUAUGAAUAAUAUUAAAAGGGAUUCUUUCUCAUUAAAUGGGAAUAUAAAUAGCGAACAUAAUACUAUACCAGUUAAAAGUGAUGCUUUAAAUAAUUACGAUACCACUAGAAAUAUAAUAAUGAGGGUAAACAAAGAUUCAGAAAAAAAAAAAAAGGAAAAUGAAAAUGAUAACAACGAUUUCAGUAACAAUUAUUAUAUUGAUGGAGAACAAAUUAAUAAUUCUAAAAUGCUCACACCGAUUUCCUCAGAUUGUAUAGACAAAAUAAAUAUGGGUUUGAAAAAAAUUAAUAACAUCGACUUAUUGUGCAAAAAAAAAUAUUUAUUUUUUAUUUCAGAAAUAUUUUUAAAAGAAAAUAAAGAAAAAAUGAAUACAAAAAAUAUUAUAUCUCUUUUCGAAUUUUGUAUUAUUAAUAUUAAGGAUUAUAUUAAAUAUUUGAUUACUUUCCCUCCUAUUAUACCGACACCCAAUACAUUUAAUGGUUAUUGUAAUAUAAAAACACCAUUUUUAAAAUUUGAAAAAAAUAUUUACACAGAUAUAACAGCACUUUUAUUUAUUACCUCCUUAUCAACUAACCAUGAAAUAUUUGAACUAUGCAAAAUUAUUAUUUAUAUAUGUGAAAACUCGGAAAACAAAAGUGAUACAUAUAAAAUUAUAGGAACAAAAUUGUAUAAAUACAUACAAGAAAUGCUAAAAAAGAAAUAUAUAAUAAACAAUAAUAUUACAAGUGUGAAGGAAGAAAAAAAAGUAUUUCAUGACCAAGGGCGUGAUACAUUUUCAAGUAAUAAUAGUGACACAAAAAACAAUAAAAAUAGCACUAAUCAUAUGAAUGCAACAUAUAAUGAAACUGAUAUUCUUAUAGAAAUUCAAUUAUGCAUACUCGAAAUAAUGUGCAUAAAAAAUCGAGAAUUAAAACAAUUAAUUACUUCCUAUAUAUUAAGUUCGCCUUACCAAAAUAUAAACAGCAUUUCUUAUUUUAUUAGAUAUAAUAUUAUUAAUUUGAAGCGUUUAGAUAAAAAUCUGAAAAAUCAUUUAAACAAUUUAAACAAUACCAAUGCUAUUAAAUUUUGUACUGAAUUAAUUUAUUUUAUGGUAAUUGAAAAGAAGUAUAUAAAUUAUGAUGAUUUAAAAAAGACGAUUAAGCAGAUUCCCAAAAUUUAUAAUUUAUUAUCCAAUAACAAUGAGGAUAUUAAUAAGGAUAAAAAAAAUCUAUUAAUUACUAUAAGGAAAAAGGCCAAGCAGAUAAUUAAAGAAAUUAAAAAAAUUAGAAAAAAUAAAACACAAGAAACUAUCAAAGUAUUAAGGACUGUUACGGAAUAUUUAGGCGAAUCAAAAGCAAAGGAAUUAACUAAAAUUAAUAAUCAAAAAAUGGAGAAAAAUACUAUUAAAAAAGAUGAAGAUGGUGAUAAAGAAAUUAAAAAGAAAAAUGAUUUAUGUGCUGAACUACAAAACGAUACAAAUACACAAUGUGAUCAUACUAAUAUAGAUGAAUAUGUUGUGUUUUUGUUAGAAAAGUUGAAUUAUGAAAAUAAUAAAAAUUUUAGUACGGAAGAUAUAUUGGAAAAAGAAAUUAUAAAAAUAAAUACCAAUGAAGAAAAAGGAAUAAAAAAACAUACCCCCAAUACUUUCAACAAUGAACAAUGUAAUAAUAAUACCACUAUUUCUGAAUAUUAUGCAAACAAGCAAUCUAAUAUUUAUAAAGAAAAAGAAGAAGGAUAUAAUUCGCUGGAAACAGAUUCGGAUGUAACAUAUACUUCUCUAUAUUCAAAUAAAUCGGAAAAAUCUCAAAGUUCAUCCGAAAAUUCAUCAUUAUCAGAUUGUUCCAUUGCUUUAGACUCAAAACAUAAUUCAAAAAAAAAUGCAUACACAGAUGAAACUUAUGAUAGCGAAUCGUCGUACUCAUCAUAUUCCAAUUCUUCUAGUGCAUCAAAUAUAAGUACUAUAUCGGUUGAACAUAAAUCUACAAGUUUAGAAACAACUAAAGAAAUCGAUAUAAAAAUACCAGUCGCAGAGAAAAAUAACUUGCUAAAUAAUUUUAUAAAUACAAAAAAAUCGAAUACAAAUGAAAAUUACAUAAAUAAAAAGACAUAUUACAUUACAGAUAUAUUUAAUGAUAAGCCAAUUAAAUGCAAAUAUUUGCCAUCACCUCCAAAUAUAAAUAAAGAAAAGGGAAUGAUAAUUGCGUGUUUAUUUGCUGAGUGGUAUUUUAUAUAUAAAAAUUAUUUAAACAUUUUUAAAGUUAGCACACCUACCAAUAUCCCUGGCAUUAUGAAACAGCAGCAUAAAUCGAAAUGCAUAAAAUAUAUACAAAAAUUAAUAAAAUUUGAAUUUUUAAACAUGGAUAAAAUGACUGAUUGUUUUUUUACACACACUAUUAAUAUAUCGGUAAAUAUAGCUCUAUACAACUUACAAAAAGAUGAUGUUAUCAAAGAUGAGUUAACAAUGAAAAAUGAAUCAAUCCAGAAAUCACAUCAAACCGAAAAGGAAAAUGCUAAAAAGGGAAAGAAAAAAGGUGAAGAAAGCCAAAAUGAAAAUUGUGAGACAAAUAAUGUAUCUCAAUUAGAUAAUAACAAAACUGAAACUUUAAAAAAUAAUAAUGAAAUGAAAGAAUUAAAAAAUAGUAGUGAAUUAUUAAAUUAUAAUUAUAUUGAUGCUUGGUCUAAAAUGAUUGUAAUUAUUCUACAGUUAGUUGAAGAUAUAAAAGGCAUAUCACCAAUUAAUGUUUUACAAAAAGUUUUGAAUUCCUUAUGUAGGAUUAUACAUAAAAGAUGUGAAAUUGAAAAAAGAAAAUUUAAUCAAAGACCUUAUUUUAGAUUACUACACUGUUUAUUAAAUGACAUAAAUGAAGCGUUUACAAUGUCAAAUGUUUCUACAAUCCAAUCAAAUGAUAAACUCAUAUAUUUAAAUUGUUUUUCGAAUUGCUUUUCUAUAUUAUCUCCUAUACGAGUUCCAUCAUUUUCCUUUUCAUGGUUAGAACUAAUAUCAUCUAAACAUUUUAUGCCAAUUUUAUUAUCAAAUAUAUGUGGAUGGGAAAUAUACAAAAAUCUAUUAGUUGCACUUUUUACAUUUUUAAAAUAUUGCUUAAAGAAAUUACAAAUAUCUAAAGCCAUUGAAUCAUUAUAUAUAGGGACAGUAAGAAUACUUUUAGUAUUGCUCCACGACUUUCCAGAAUUUUUAUGUAGUUAUUAUGUAACAUUUUGUAGUUUAUUUCCAAUUAAUUGUAUUCAAUUAAGAAAUAUAGUCCUUUCAGCAUUUCCAAGAAAUAUAAAAUUACCUGACCCAUUCAUGCCAAAUAUUAAAAUGGAUUUAUUACAAGAAAUUAAAUUGGUUCCUAAAAUCUUAACAAAUAUCAUUUUUCCAUUAUUUAAAAAUAAUUUUAAACAAUUAAUUGAUGACUAUUUUAAUAAAAAAAAAUACUCAUUACUUUUACAAAUUAAAAAAAAAUUAUAUCUGCCAAAAAAGAAAAUUUAUCAACAUUUUGUUAAAUAUGAUAUGGAUCUUAUGAAUUCACUAAUAUUAUAUGUGGGCGCGUUUAUUUGCAAUGCUAAGGCAAAUAACCUCUUCAGUUUUAACAGCAAUUCGGAUCCUAUACUUUUAAUUAAGACAAAAACUGAUAUAUCUAAUAACACAAAGGAAGAAAAUAAAACCAUUUCAAGCGAUCGAGAUAUUAUCCAAAAAAUUGUAUUAAAUUCUCAAGGAGAGAUUAUAAAACGAAAAGAAAUAAAAGAAGCAGAUGAAAAACAAACAAAUCAAGAAAACCAAAGAAAUGGAGAACAAAAUAAUAAUUUGCCGAAUAAAUAUGUAGAUCUUAUGCAGGAAAAUAAAUCAGAAAAUGAAAAUUUAUCAUCCUCAAAUUGUGAUAAAACAAAUACUAAAUCGUUAGAACAAAAUUGUGUAAAUAAUAUUGACAGUGUUGUGAACAAUAAUAAUAGAGAAGAUAAUGAUGGAACAAUAGAAAUUACUAUUAUCAAAAAAAAUCUUGCUUAUACAUUAUUUUUGUUUUUAUUAAAAGAAUUAGAUAUGGAAGGAAGAUACUUAUUAUUAUUGAAUAUAGUUAAUCAUAUUAGAUAUCCUAAUUCGCACACCCAUUACUUUUCAUGCCUCAUUUUGUUUUUAUUUUCAUAUUCAACUGAUAUCGUUAUUAAAGAACAAAUAAUUCGGGUUUUACUGGAAAGAAUUUUGGCUCAUAGGCCACAUCCAUGGGGAUUAUUAAUUACAUUUAUUGAAUUAAUCAAAAAUAAAAAAUUCAAAAUUUGGGAAUACCCAUUUGUACAUGCUACAUCAGAGAUUAAAAAAAUAUUUACGUCAGUUUUUCAGACAUGCUUAGGAAAUGUUUAG